CAGAGCUCCUCCAAUCCCUGGUGGCUUUCAAAGCCCUAAAGGGAGGUUCCACUAAUCUCCUAUUGAUUUUUGCCCUUUGCUGUGACGAAACUAGGCUGCUAGCCAUGAAAUGUCGCCAAGAACCCUUGAUGUAGGAGCAGAGAGUUGGAACCCUAGAGCCAAGUGCUUAUGCAACCCCAGAAGAAGGCAAGUGGGUGUUAUAAUUAGCAUAACUCUCAGUGCUGAGAGUCAUUGUGAGCUGGGACAGAGGGAGGUGAGGCAGCAUGGCUGGGUUUAAUGUCCACAGCAUUCUGGUGACUGGAGCCAAUCGAGGAAUUGGCUUUGAGCUCGUCAAGCAGUUCCUGGAGAGAUCAAACCCACCUGAGAAGAUCUUUGCUACCUGCCGGAACCCAGAUGGAGCACAGGAAUUAAAGAAUUUGGCCUCCAGGCAUCCAAACCUGGUGAUAGUCCAACUAGAAGUCACUGACCCAGUCAGCAUCAAGGCGGCAGCAGCCAGAGUUGAGGGGCUUUUGAAGGGCUCUGGACUGCACCUGCUGAUAAACAACGCUGGGAUUGUGAAGAAGACUACCCUAGAGGCAGAGACGCCAGAGUACAUGUCCCAGGUAUACGCCACUAACACGACUGGGCCCCUGGUCAUAAGCCAGGCGUUCCUGCCCUUGCUGAAGAAGGCUGUCCAGGAAAGUGCCCAGAAAGGGCUAAGCUGCAGCAAGGCAGCCAUUAUCAACAUGUCCAGUGAAGCUGGCUCCAUCAAGAAUGUCCUAGCUUGGGAAUUUGGGCAAGUUGUCUCCUAUCGCUGCAGCAAGGCUGCUCUGAAUAUGCUCACCAAGUGCCAGUCCUUGGCCUACAGGGAACUGGGGAUCCUGUGCAUUGCUCUCCACCCUGGCUGGCUGCAGACCACUAUGGGGAAUACAGGCGGUUACCAGGCCCCAAUGACAGUGGAUGAAGGUGUGCGAGGAAUCAUAAACACUCUCUCCAAGCUCUCUGAGAAGGAAACUGGAGCCUUCAUCAACUGGGAAGGGAACCUUCUUCCCUGGUGAGAUGCUUGCCCAGCCACAGGCCAGGAGCCCUAUGCCAAGGCAUUCAAGUGACUAAGCAGUCAGGCCUACUUGUGUCUUUAAUAAACCCCCUAUUCUUAAUGUGCAGAACCA